AUGGCAAUUCCCGAAGUUACCCCUGCUUACACAUCAAAAUUACGAAUUGAAGCUAUUCAGACUGUCAUCCCAUCAAAGGUCGCUGGGCCGGGAUUAAGGCGCCGGAUAUCCGUAUCGGGCCCGCUUCGAUCGGAUAUAUACCGGAAGCAUAUCCACAUCGUUCUAUGCUACAAGAAAACUCAUGAAGACGAGUGUGGGUGGAUGGUAGCCGGGUGGCUCAAGGAAUCGAUGAACUCGGUGUUGUCGGAGUAUCCAGCGUUUGCCGGGAGGCUUCGACGUGGGUCCCACGGCGAUGAUCGUGAGCUGGCGAUCGUGUUCAAUGACUCGGGCAUUAGGCUUGUGCAGGCUCAGAUGGACAUGACACUAUCCGAGUUCUUGAAUUCCAGUGAGAGAGAGGAUUCAGAAGCUGAGCUGGCGUUUUGGAAGGACGUUGAUGAAGAGAAUCCUCAGUACUCGGCAUUGUUCUAUGUCCAGGACGUGGAGAGCGGCGAGACAGCUCCCAUGCGUGGCCUGAUUCCAAGUUGGAUGGCACACAUGUCAGAGAUCAAGGCCGUUCAACGGGUGACGAAUUUCCAGGGGGACGGCUAUUCGAUCGGGAUUACAAGCAGUGUACUACUCGCCGACCCCAUACUAAUGACCAGCUUCAUCAGGAGAUGGGCCCACAUCCACGACGAAAUUCUCGCUCAAAAUACCAUCCCCAAAAUACCCCUGUUCUACCUCCCUAAUUUCAAGAAAACCGAUCGCGCCUCCACCACCCCUCUCACCUCCACCCCAUGUAACCACAACCAUUACCAGACCAUGACAUUCAAGCUCCCCAACAUGGACUCGAAGAGAUUCAUGGAAGCGAACGAAACAUGCGAGGCGAUUGCCUCUCUCUGCUCUGAAGAAGCCGUUCGGAUACUGGGUGGCAACGAGACCUUUUCCAAGCUUUCUUUCAUCUUCAAUGACCGUUCGGGUGACUGGAGAGUAAUAACGUGUGUGGAAGAAGGGCAGAUUGGGUAUAAAGGUAGGCAUGAGGGUGCAAUGGGCCCCACGAGCUGGGACGAUCUAGGGGCGAAUGAGGUAUCGUUCUACAAAGGUAAUAUGCCUGUCCAUGUAGCUUAUCACGUGGAGUCGUGCCAUGAUGAAGGGCUUGUGCUGAUAAUGCCGCCUAUUGAGGAGGGCAGUUUGGGAAUUGCAGUUAGUGUAACGGUUCCUAAGUAG